GCAACGGUUGAGUGGAGAGGGACCCCGCGCUUCAGCCGCCGCUCCGCCCGCCUGCCCGCAGCCAUGUCGGGGGACGAGAUGAUUUUCGAUCCUACCAUGAGCAAGAAGAAAAAGAAAAAGAAGAAGCCCUUCAUGCUGGAUGAAGAAGGAGGCGAUACACAAGCAGAAGAGACACAGCAGUCAGAAACAAAAGAAGUUGAACCAGAGCCAGCAGAGGACAAAGAUGUGGAAGCAGAUGAAGAAGACAGCAGGAAGAAAGAUACAACAGAUGACCUGGAUGAUCUAAACUUCUUCAAUCAAAAGAAAAAGAAGAAAAAAACAAAAAAGAUAUUUGACAUAGAUGAAGCAGAGGAAGGUGUAAAGGAUUUAAAAAUUGAGGGGGAUGUACCAGAGACAGUAGAACCUGAAGAUGACCUUGAUAUCAUGCUGGGCAAUAAAAAGAAGAAGAAGAAGAAUGUAAAGUUUCCAGAUGAAGAUGAAAUAAUGGAGAAGGAUGAAGCCUUUGAAGAUGAAGAUAGCAAAAAGGAUGAUGGAAUUUCUUUUAGCCUUCAGUCAGGACCUGCGUGGGCAGGCUCAGAAAGGGACUACACAUACGAUGAGUUGCUCAAUAGAGUAUUUAACAUCAUGCGGGAAAAGAAUCCAGAUAUGGUAGCUGGAGAAAAAAGAAAAUUUGUCAUGAAGCCUCCACAGGUUGUAAGAGUAGGGACCAAGAAAACAUCUUUUGUCAACUUUACAGAUAUCUGCAAAUUAUUACAUCGUCAGCCAAAACAUCUCCUGGCAUUUUUGUUGGCAGAAUUGGGUACAAGUGGUUCCAUAGAUGGUAACAACCAACUUGUAAUCAAAGGAAGAUUUCAGCAAAAACAGAUAGAAAAUGUCUUGAGAAGAUAUAUCAAGGAGUAUGUCACCUGUCAUACGUGUCGCUCGCCAGACACAAUUCUACAGAAGGACACCAGAUUAUACUUCUUGCAGUGUGAGACCUGCCACUCUCGCUGCUCCGUCGCCAGCAUCAAAACUGGUUUCCAGGCUGUCACAGGCAAGAGAGCACAGCUCCGUGCCAAAGCUAACUAGUUUGCUAAUCAACACUGGAUUUUGCAAAGUGUUCUGGGGAGAUAUGACUGGACAGGUUUACAAUCGGAAUGGAUUUACCAUUGUAUUAAAACAAGAUUGUAAAAACUACGAGAAAUUUGGCUUUUGAUUUGGUUGGUCUGUGAAAUCCUUGCAAGAUGCAGAUCCUCAAGCUGUUCACAUACAUUUGCUCAUUGAAUAUGCUUUACCAACUAUAAGGAACGUGGUGGAAAAGGAGGUGCUUUUUAAUUCUUUGAGACUUCUGUAAAACAAGAGAUAAAUUAAAGAUACUAUAACAGUGAGUUUCUUUUGAUUUGGAUUUUUCCUUCAGUUUCCUCUUUAAACAGUUCAUGGAGUGGCUGGUGUGUUCUGCAGAUCAUGCAAUUGAACUAUGUCUGAAGACCCAGAAUAAGGUUUAAGAUAAAGGUUAUUUUGUUUUUGCCAAACAAGCUUAUUUUAGGGAGGUUACCACUAAAUGGAGAAAUUGGUUACGUACCAGGGAUACCAACAUGGGAACUGCUCCUGCUUCUUUAGCCAUACUAAUUUAAAAAAGCAUUUUGCACAGAAAGUGGCUUCAGGACAUUGACACUGCUUAAUUAUGGAGAACAUAACUUUGGAGUAGUUUAGACACCAUACUGAUGCUGAAUUUUAACAUAGAGUUAAUAAACUUAUGUUGUAGGCUUGCAUAGCAUCAUAGUACUAAAUUUUGCAAUUUCAUAGAAACUUUUCAUAAGCCCUGCACUCUUUACCAUUUUUAAAAAAGAAUUAAUGAAAUGCAGCAAAAAAAGGAUACAGGUAGCAUCAUUACGUGGUGGCUCUAAUGCACUGUCAUUUGAAUUUUGAAGUUACAGAAGAUAUUGCCAAGUAGUUUGAGUUUGAUGAACACACUGAUAUGUUUGAUACAAAACCUGCACUUCUUUCCACUGUCAGUCGGUAUCCAUAGUCUAUGGGGAUACACAUAGUGCUGUCCUAGCUAGCUUUGAAGGUGCUGUAGGAGUUUUGCUACAGCUGCAGAGUGCACAGAUGCACAUGGGGACUGUCCUGCUAGAAUACCAUGGCAGGCAAAAGAAGAAAGUUUUAGUCAGCCUCUAAAACAUAACAGGGUCAGCGUAAGCUGUAAGAAUAACUCGGGAACCCUGGUGCCAGUCGCUUCAGGUAACAGAGUAACCUAUUCCUGGAAGAAACUGGUGGUAGUUCUAAGGUCAAUUCAUCUGAAACUAGAAACUCCAGGGUUUCUAUUGAAUUCUGAUCUCUCUCUCUGUAUGUUAAUAGAGAACAUGGCUUUGCUGGGAAGUCACUUACUUGCUAUUUGAAAACUUGACAGCACUGUAAGUUUAAAGUCAAGGUUUUAUAGUUGGUUUCUUUAAAGCAUUUUGAAUUUCAA